CCCCUUCAACGGACCAACUGACAACGCUGGAUGGAGACUGGGGGGGGUUACUGCCUCGGAGGCGGAGGGAAAAAACUUUUUCUCCUUUGUUUUUUAGAUGCCAUUUACUGCAGCAUGGAGAAGUGAAAGAAGGGGAGGUGUACGUGUGUGUGUGAGGGAGGAUCGUUAAGAUUUUCCACAGACCGUGAGUAGCUCAGUGUGGAGUCACAGGCGGGAGGAACCUCAACAGUUAAUUUAGUCACAAAGUUGUGUCCGACUGUCUGUCUGCGGCACAAUGGAAACCAACUAAACCUUCCUCACGUCUGUGGUCAGGACUAGUCAGAGGAGAGGAAAGGGACAAAAAACAAAAAAAGAACGAUGCCGUUGUUGUCGCUUUACAGCAGCCAGUGAGUUUCAUUAAAAAAAAAAGAGAGAGCCGAGGGAGAAGUUGGAAGAAAACCGGUUCUCCCUGGUACCUUACCGCCGCUUUUGUGUUUGUGAAUGGUGGGGUGUUUUUCCUGUUUGACCGAGCCGAUACAGUCACAGGAGAAAGGUUACAGCUGCCGAACACGCAGGCUCAUCGCAGCAAAGACUUCCAAGCCUGCAAGACAUAGGACACCAUUGUGACUCACAGAGGUGGUAACAUGAGGAAGAUGCACAGAGGUAUGAGACUGUCUAUGGGGGUACAUGCAGAGUAAAUUACUUACUGUUGAAAUGAUGAUGAAAUAUUAAGUAGUUCACACUCACAGUGAUAGUGUUUCUGGUUGUUUUAACAAUAGGAAUGAAAAAUUAGUAACCAACAGUAACCAAAUGAUAUGUGGGAGAAAGAACUCUGGACUUUAUUAUUGUCUGUUAGUGUUGAUGACUUAUUCUCAUGGUCUAACAAAAUGCAAUAAGCUGACCACAAAACACCCAUUCAAAAUCCAGGCCCACUAGAGGCAAAUAGAGGAAGUUGUGAGUGUCCAAUUACAGUAAUUACAGUACAAAAUACACUACUGUGUAAUGUGAUAUGUCAUCUAUUUUAUUAUCGACCCACGAAAUUUUGUAGAAAGCUGUAAUCAAAUUUGAUUGUGCUGUAUGUUACUUAAAUUGUGUGGAUUUAGUUAAUUUGUCUCCAUAAAAUACACAUUAAAUGUUGUCCAAACCAAACAGACGUAUCGAACUAAGGUUGACAAAAUGCUCCAAGGUGAGCCAUAUCUGCUGAGGCUUGUUGGUUCAUUUGAAAUGGCUUUUUUGUGGAAGUGCAUGUUCCAGUAAGAGAAAACUAUUUAACAGCUCUAUAAACUGUAGUAACAUUAACAAAACCUCCUCUUCUUCUCAUAUGACUGAAUCAACACCAUCAUGAAGAGGGAGAUCACAGUAACGCCCAAACCAGAGGGAAACAAAAGCCCAAGUUCCUGUGCCUGUCCGUCCUUUUCUAAACCUCUUAUCCUGUUCAGGGUCACAGGACGCAGGAGUCCUCGCUCACUGGGCCAGGGAAGUCAAGCCUGUCACAACAUAUAUAGAAAAGCACAUUGACAGUGAAAAUUAAGAGUUUAACUUAAAUAUCUUAAGAUGUAGAAAUAUGGAGAGGGUAUGUGAACUCCACGCAGGAAACCCCCUGUCAGCCGUCAUGUUCAGACUCUUCUUGCUCUAAAGUGACAGUGUUAACCACUGAGCCCACAUGCUGCCUAAACCCCUGUGUAUAGUUUUAUAUGAUCCUGUAGUAGCCUUUGGUUUUUCAUCUUAGAUUAGCUGGAGUUGGUUUGAAGAUUAUAGUUUGGAUUAUAUACAGAGAUCCUUCCAGAAGCCGCUCAUUUUGUCAGAAAAGUAGAGAUUUUAUUUUAGGUCUGUCUCAUCCUAUCCAGUUCACUGUUUGUCCUGCUGUAGUCAACAAAAUGUCCUCACAUCUUAGUCUGGUUUUCCUCACAUUCAUUCAAUGCACAAGUCAUUUCAUAAACAAAAGACAAGAUGAAACUUAGUAACACUGCUGUCUUCAGUGGGUUUUUUCUCUAUGAACAGAGUAAUUGUUUUGUCUGUAAAAAGUGAAAAAUGUCAAUUAUCAUUUCCCAGAGCCCCGAUUUAAUCUGAUAAGACCCAGAGAUAUACAGUUUGUUAUUGUGUGUGAUAAGGAAAAGCAUCAAAUCCACACAUUUAAGAACCUGGAACCAAAUAUUUUAAGCAUUAUUUUCUUUUAAUCAACUGAUUGUUUCAGCUUUGGUACAUAUUAUCUUAAGCUAUAUAUGUGUAUCCUCAAAACCAUAGUCAACGUUUGUAGUGUAUCAGACUCUAGACACAAGUCUCCAGACAGUAACUGAACACAUAUGUUUUCCUGAAUUCUGUCUUGUCUUUCAGCAAAGAAAUGCGACGUUGCAGUUGUCACUGAUAGAAAACAGAGAGAGAGAGGGAGAGAUAGGUACUGAGAGAACUUUGAGUGACUAAAGAAGAAAAGAAAACUUUCCAAUGGGCUUUCAUUUUUUCCAAGUAAAGUCAUUCAUAGGCAGGACACACCAAUUACACAGCCUCGUGUCUCAGAAAAAGGCGGAAAAAAAGUGUCCCAUUUCAGUGUUAGACAGAAAAUAGAUGUCACGUGGGGGAAAGUUUCAGGUAGAGAAAGGACAAGUAGAAGAUCGACAGGGUGGGGGGAAAAAGAAAGAUCUGGCAAGCAGCAAAGAGUGAAGGCAAGACAGUGUGUUCCUGAUUGUUUGUCUUGAGCAGAAAACGUGAGUUAGCUGUAAUCGGAUCUCAGCUGUGGUGAGAUCAUACGCGAGGCCUGCCAGCAGCCUCACAAAGAGCAGUCCACCCAUAAGCCUUGAGCCCCACUGCAGCCCUCUGUGGCUCUCUACAGGCCUGCCAGCUUAAAUAUCAUAUAUAAUUUCUCAAGAGCACUAGAUGGUUUUUGCAGGGCGGUAACAUCUGCUGCUCUGCUGUCAUUUUUGGAUAUAGAUAGUUUGUCCAAUAGUAAUUAUCAUCAGUUAAGUGUUUACUUAUAUCUGUAUCAAUAAGCAAGGUGGCUGAGUAGGGGUAAUGUCACAGUUAUAACAAUAAAAGUAUAUAAAAGUUAUUAAAUUACUCACAGAAAACACUGCUCAAUUGUUUUCUCCUUCCCAUGUAAUUCUUAAAGGGCAGCUACAACUAGAUUAUUUUAAUUGUGUUAAAAAGCGAUUAAGUGGAGCCAAAUCACUCUUGUCAGGCGACUGAUUCUUCACGACUGUCAGAGUUCACGACCCCGAAUGACUGAGGGGGACAGGAGCUGGACAGGGGUCCUGGCACAUGGAGUAUAGCGAGUGAAUGAGCUGCUUGUGUGCAUGCCCGGGCACACUGGAUUGCGCCGAGUUGCAUAGCGUUGUGUGUCGAGUUUGUGACAGCUGCACAUACAGAGCGGUGAGGAAGAAGUCGCAGUUGACAGGAAGAUUUCACACUUCACCUUCACCCCCGGAACUCCUGCUCAGAUGGACUUGAGAUAACGCCACCAGAGGUUCUACCCUGGUCCUGAACUUCAGCUGAACACCACAGCCUCCCACAUUCAGCUAGAAUGGCAGAUCCCACUGGGCUGAGCUCUGAAGGGGCGGGGGCGGGCAUGACUGAGGUCGACGCCUGUAGUUUGGAGAUAGAGAGGAAGUAUGAUGUCAUCCCUGCCGUCAUCUGCUCCAUGUGUUGCCUGUUCGGCAUCAUCUACUGCUUCUUUGGUUACCGCUGUUUCAAGGCCGUCAUGUUCCUGUCUGGCCUGAUGUUCGGCUCCGUCAUCAUUUUCUUGCUGUGCCACAAGGAGCACGUGCUGGACACCCAGCUGAGCGUCGAGGCCAGUGCGGGAAUUGGCCUCGGCAUUGGCCUGCUGUGCGGCCUGGUCACAAUGUUGGUGCGAAGUGUCGGCCUCUUCAUGACCGGCCUGCUGCUGGGACUCCUCCUGGCUCUCGCCGCCCUGCUGGUCACUCACCAGUUCUACACCCCAACCACGGUCUGGGUGCCGCUGGGCGCCCUCCUGGGAACGGGCAUGCUGUUCGCCGUGCUGACGCUGCAGUGGCAGAAGCUCUUCACCAUGGUCUCCACAGCUGUGUUCGGGGCAGCCAUCAUGACAGUGUGCGCUGAUUACUUUGUGGAGAUGCUGGCGCUGGCCACACACGUGUAUGACUGCUUGCGCCUCACAUCCGGGCCGCCUCUCUGCUGGUACAGCUGGGUCAUUCUGGGCAUCUGGCCCGCCCUCAGCCUCAUAGGAGUACUGGUCCAGUGGAAACUGACGGAUGACAGCUUCUCACACACUGAGGUUGUUAUCAGCCGGCGACAGAAGAGAGUCCAGCUGAUGCGGAUUCGAGAGAAGGACGCCAAGAAGCGACAGCAGGCAGGUGGGCAGGAAGGCACAUACCGUCGUAAACCCACCCCAGUGAAACGUUACGCUGGGGAUCUACUGGCACCGAGCUACCUGCAAAGUCUGCGGGACAGACAGAUGGGCACAGGCACUUCCCUUAGCAGCAUGGGCACCGCCAACCACACCAUGAUCGACCUGGACUACGACACUGGCUCCACUGUGCCCCUCACAGCAACAACCCCGGUCGUCAGGGUCUGAGCAACACAGAGAUAAGAAAGGACUAUUUGAUGCCCUCUGGUUCUCCAACAGCUUCCCCUUAAUGUAGAGUAGAACCUAUAAACUGCUCCGCUCAGCUAAGGGUUUUUAUCGCCCUUAAGCUGAUUUGGAGCGCAGUUGGAUUUUCUCUGGGUGUCGGUGAAAGACAAUGCUGCUUUUUGGGGAGAAGGAAGAAAUGUCAAGCUCCUGCUUGGUGAAAGCUACAACCACUACAACCACCGUGUUUCUCGAGAGAAACACUUAAAGACAGUUACUAACGAAGUAAAGUAAGGUCCUCCAUUUCCUUUCAUCGUGUAUUAAAUACAUAACAGCAAGUACGAGCCUCAAAAAUGGAUGUUCAUCUGUUUUGGUAGUGAAUAUAACAAGCGGUUUGUUUGACAUUACUGUACUUAAAAAGUUAGUCAUCGCCAUAAAGUGUUGUGUUAUUACCCAUCUUACUGUUUAACUGUGUGGUCAUAGGAUUUUGUGUGAUGAUUUUGUGUACUUUUUUUUAGAUGAAGCGUGGUGAGAGAGUACAUGUAGAUGAGAGAUGUGCCCAUGAACAUGACAAAGUGAAGCAAAAAAUGAAAUGAUAAAAUAAAAUAAACCGUUCGUAUUUAAAAGCUCUUUGCAUAAGCUUUUCGCCGAACAUUUUCUAGCAGCACUCUAAUAAUUCUGUGACCUUUUUUGUUUUUAAUGUAGCUCCUGUCAGAAUACAGUAGGUGAAGAAUUUAGACUGUUGCUUGUGGAGUAAACAUUUUAUAAUUUAUUUUACAUAACGACCAAGUACCUGGUAGUGUUGAAAAAAGGACAAAAAAACAAAGCAUGUUUGUUGUUCAUUUGUAGAUUUUUAAAUAAUUAUUCUCUUUGUUCUUUGAAUUUUUUUUUUUUUUUUUUUGCGGGGACAGUGCACUUGUUACCUGAAUCUGUACAUACCUGUUGAUAGAAAUUUCAAAGAUAAAUAAAUGUGUUUGAUACAAAAAGC